AUGGCGCGCUCUGGGCCUGUGGAAGGGUUCGAACAUCCAAUGACAACGCAUCCCCCGAGAGGUUUAACCACAUAUAGGGUACGGGCUCCAAUGAUAGCGGCGGUUGUUAUUGCUUGUGCGUUUUUGGUCGAGUGGUUAAGUCUUGCUUGUCCGUGCCUGGUGCCAGACUCAAUACUCCCCUGCAGGCUUGCUCACCUUUUGCACAACCUCACGCCCGCUUUGAUGGGAUUUCCGUUACUGCUCCGUUGCAUCAUAACGGGUUUUACCUGGCCAAAUCACAUCUCAUAUACAGUGACUACCCAAAAACCCGAACGACGCAUCCUCGCGUACGCCGAUUAUGGGGCAUUGUCCAUCACUACCUCAGACUGUUCUCUCGAUCUUAUUUAUUAUAGCUGGGUUGGGGCUACCUACGGUAACCAGAUUGCUCAGCUUCCAUCUGGGCUGAUUCUGAAGUGGUCUGAUGGUGCUCCUUUAGAAGAAGUCUUAGCUAUGCAGGUUGCCAGGAGGGCGGGUCUCCCAGUUCGGAGGGUGAUCUGCUAUGGAGAGCAUCCGGGUCGUCCGCAUGCUCCAGUGUCGAUUCCGAUGACUCGUAUCCUCGGCGAUGAACUUGGCCGAGUCUACAAAACGCUCACCGACGUUGAACGAGAUUCAAGCCUAUUACAAUUAAAUGGUUAA